AUGACAACAUCGUCAUCAUCGUUACAAACCGAAAAGCGUCCGAUGAAUAAACUCAGUUUGAAAUGUGAGAAUGCAAUACCAUUGCUAGUACUUUAUCCGGUUGAAUUGAGCACUUUUCCAAAUUUGAAUGUAAUUGAUGUACAAUCGCUUGGAAUCGAAGCUUUGUCAUUUGGAUCGGAUACAACUAAUUUUGGAAAUUCCAACUUCGAAAUAAAUGUGACCACCUUGGAUGCUUCGAACAAUCAUUUUAAGGAAGUUCCAAGUGGGAUCUUAGACUACAUGCCGGAAAUAAGCCACAUUGAUUUUUCGUACAAUGGCAUCACUCGCUUGAAAUCAGAUGAUUUCAAACGACAUAAUGGAAUUUCAAAUCUAAAAUUCGGGCAUAAUAACAUUCGUAUAAUUGAAGAUGGAGCCUUUCGGAUGCUGCAGCUCCUGGAAGAUUUGGAUCUCAGUGAUAAUCCGAUCAGCGAGAUUGGUGAUCGUCUCUUCGCAAACAAUCCAAAAAUGCGAUGGUUGAACUUGAGAAACUCACUGAUCAAACGAUUCAAUUUCAAUACAUUUUCACCCGGUGCCAAGUCAGUGACGGUGCAGUUUCCAUCGGAAAAUAUUCAACAGUUGGACAUAAGUUGUGAGCGGUCGAUUUGCCAUUUUGAAGACUUCGACAAAGAUGAGUUCUUUGGGGAUAUUCGUGUUUUGAAUGCAUCGGGGAAUCGAAAUGCAUUGAAAGCUUUGGUAAAAUUAAGUUCGAAACUGGAUACGUUGGAUUUAUCCAUGACUUCUAUGGGGACAAUCGAUGUUAAGAUGUUGCAACGCUUUCCGUAUUUACAAUAUCUUAAAUUGAACAACGCGAACAUCUCCAACAUUGAAAUUGAUGCAUUUUCCAAUCAAUGGAAUUUGAAAACAUUAGAUCUUUCGUACAACAAUUUGAAAAAUAUCAAUUCCUCCAUUUACUUUUUCGAAGACUUGGAAGUGCUCAAUUUAGAAGAUAUAAACAGUGCAACUGUAGAGCCCGAGAAAACAGUUAAUAGAGAAAUAACACCGCUUCAGGAAGAGACAGCAACGUCGACUUCAGAUGUAGUGUUUUUGGAAACAGCAACAAGUGAUAUGAAUCGAAAUACAACUGAACUCGCAAGAGUUACGAGUACACCUCCAACAAUUACAUCCAUUCAACCAACACAAAAAUCAAACAUUUCAACCAGGAGUGAAAAAUCGCUUGACAAUCUAAAUUCGGAGAAAAUCACAAAAAAUCCAUUUGACCAACUGCCAAUGUGGGUGAUUUUGAUGAUCGUUGCAUUUUUGAUCAUUAUCGCGCUUUUGUUAUGCAUUAUUUGCGUCAUGAUUGUAAGGCUUCAAUCGAAAACAGGUGGCAAUGUAGUUGAAGUGGAACUUACGCGUGAAGAUACAGAGAAAACUGAAGUUCCGAUAAAUUAUUACGAGCAAGUCAAAAGCAAAGUUCAAGAAAACGAAUACGUCACUAUUGCGGAGAAUGAGUAUGUAUUUAUGACACCUAUAUGCCAACAACGAUAUAUACCAAUGGCACCACUACGCAAUCGUCACAACGAUCUUCCACAAUGUUGA